AGACAGGUCAGAGACCAACAACAGCCCGGAGUAUGCUUCAUUCUUCGCGGUCAUGGGCGCUUCGUCCUCCAUGAUCUUCAGCGCCCUGGGUGCCGCCUAUGGCACUGCCAAGAGUGGCACCGGCAUCGCAGCCAUGUCAGUCAUGAGGCCGGAGCUGAUCAUGAAGUCCAUCAUCCCAGUGGUCAUGGCUGGGAUCAUCGCCAUCUACGGCCUGGUGGUGGCAGUCCUCAUCGCCAACUCCUUGAAUGAUGGUAUUAGUCUCUACAGGAGUUUCCUCCAGCUUGGUGCAGGCCUGAGCGUCGGCCUGAGUGGCCUGGCAGCUGGCUUUGCCAUUGGCAUUGUGGGGGACGCCGGUGUUCAGGGCACUGCCCAGCAGCCCCUGCUGUUUGUGGGCAUGAUUCUGAUCCUCAUCUUCGCUGAGGUGCUUGGCCUCUACGGUCUCAUUGUGGCCCUCAUACUUUCCACAAAGUAGCCCCUCAAGCUCACCAGUCACAGAACAUGAUGUAAAGACCACC